GAUAAAGACGAAACCCAAAUCACAUCUAAACGAAAUUAUCGCUCACAAAUAAUGGCAAAACUCAAAAGCCUCAUUGGAAAACUCAAAGACAAAGCUUCAGAAGGCAAAGCCGGCAUGGUUCAUGCCCUCAGACCAAACACCAGGUCCCUUCACUUAGCCCUCCUGAAAUCAACCACUCAUAACUGUACGAAGCCACCGGCCGAUGACUGCGUUGCCGCCGUCAUCUCCUACUCCGGCAGCCGCCGGUAUGCUCCUGCAACUGUCUCCGCCGUCUUGUCGAGGCUACAAGACACCAGAGAUGCUUGCGUGGCCGCCAAAUCUCUCAUCAUCCUCCACAAGAUCAUCAAACCAGAUCAUAAUUUAAACAGAGAAUUCUACAUCAAGGAUCAUCAUUUCAUUUACUCGGAAGGACGAAACAAUCUCAAAAUUAAUAAUUUUCGAGACCAUUCCUCUCAUCUGACUCUUGAGUUGUCUCCAUGGAUUAGAUGGUACGUUCGGUAUCUGGAUUGUCUCUCGUCCGCUUAUAGAGUUUUAGGGUAUUUCCCAAACUUCACAUCUUACUCAAAAGAGAGGGCCGUGGAGAAAAACCGCGUGUCGUCUUACAAAACCGGUUAUCUAGUCCACCAAACCGGUUUUGUCGUGAGUUUCUUCGAAUGUAUAUGUCAAAGGCCGGAAAAUCCGGCGUUAUACCAAAACAAGAUCGUGGACGGGAUCAGAGAACUCGUGGCCCAAGACUAUUUCUCAGUGAUGCCAUUGGUCAUGGUACGACUUGAAGUAUUGAAUGAGAGAUUGACUAAACCGGAUCUUGGUUAUACCGGCUCGGACGAGUUGGGCCCGGUUUUGGUUAGGCUUGAACAGACCAAGGAAAAAAUGAUUGGGUUUUCUUGGAGGUGCAAAGUUUUGGUGGAAGAUUUUUGGUUUCGUGGUAAGGGAAUUGAAAGGUAAAGUCUUUGGGGAUAAUAAAAUGAUAGUGAGCUAUAGAGAUGUGGAUACGGGUAUGACUGAGCCCGUGUGGGAAACAUUUGAUGACCCGGAACCGGUCCAAUUGUCCAUCUGGGGAACAAUUGAUGAACCGGUUCAAUUUCCGGGAUGGGAAACAUUUGAUGAACCGGUCCAACUGAGCAGUUAACCGCUCCGGUUUUGAAGUUUGGAAACGUCAUCGUUGGACGUUGUAAAUGGUUUAAUCUUGGUUUGUGUUCAUAGUCAAAUGAAAAACAAUACGGGUUGUGUUUUA